AUCAAUGAAAAGGAUAGUAUAUUGUUCUCAUUUAUUGAUUCAGAAUCCUAAUUUAAUUUCGGUAUUUAGAGUACAGCCUCCUUUUCAAAAAUCGGAACUCUUUUCAGAUUCUUCAAUUUGCCAGCCAUCUGUUUAGAGCAGAAGCAAUGAGUAAUGGAGUCUCUAGCAUCGACACAAUUCCUACCAGAAUUGAGGGGAAGUUCAAGGCAACGGCGGUUUGUUGGUUUCUUGGGCUUGGAUCUCUCGUAUCUUGGAAUAGUAUGCUGACAAUUAGUGAUUAUUACUACAAAAUUUUUCCAGAUUACCACCCUUCAAGAGUACUCACUCUGGUUUAUCAGCCAUUUGCGAUCGGGUCCAUGGUGAUUCUUGCUUACAAAGAGGCCAAGAUCGAUACAAGGAAAAGAAACAUUUUUGGUUACACCCUUUUCUGCCUAAGCACAUUUGCACUUCUCUUGAUCGAUAUAGCCACAUCAGGGAAAGGGGGGAUUGGAAAUUAUAUAGGCGUGUGCGUGUUUGUUGCUGCUUUUGGAGUUGCAGAUGCUCAUGUUCAAGGUGGAAUGGUUGGGGAUUUAUCCUUCAUGUGCCCUGAAUUUAUGCAGUCAUUCUUCGCUGGUGUGGCUGCUUCGGGCGCCCUAACCUCCGGCUUGAGGCUUGUCACAAAAGCAGCAUUUGAUAAGAAAGAGGAUGGCCUUAGAAAGGGAGUUAUGAUGUUUCUUGCAAUCUCGACGCUCUGUGAGUUUCUGUGUAUAUUCGUCUACACUUUCGUGUUUGGGAAAUUGCCUAUUGUGAAGCAUUUCCGGAAGAAGGCAGCAUCAGAAGGGUCGAUGACAGUUACAGCCGAUCUUGCUGCAGCUGGGAUCAAGACUGCAGAUGGCGAAACUGUAGAUGAUGUUAAGCAGGAUAGGUUGAGCAACAAGGAGUUGUUGCUUCAAAACCGUGGUUAUUGUUUUGACCUUUUCCUUAUAUACGUGCUCACUCUGUCAAUUUUCCCUGGCUUCUUGUACGAGAACACGGGUGAACAUGGGCUAGGUGAUUGGUAUGCGCUUGUCCUAAUAGCAAUGUACAAUGUUUGGGACCUGAUAGCAAGGUACAUUCCUCUGAUCGAUUGCAUAAGGUUGGAAUCGAAAAAGGGUCUUAUGAUAGCAUGCUUGUUGCGUUUCUUGCUCGUUCCUUGCUUCUAUUUCACGGCCAAGUAUGGGGAUCAAGGGUGGAUGAUUUUCUUGGUGUCGUUCUUGGGGGUGACUAACGGGUACCUAACUGUUUGCGUCCUCACAGUUGCCCCGAGAGGCUAUAAGGCACCAGAGCAAAACGCGUUGGGGAAUUUGUUGGUAGUGUUCCUUCUUGGCGGUAUAUUUGCUGGCGUUGUUCUUGACUGGUUGUGGGCCAUCGGUAAAGGCCCUUUCUAAACGCCUCGUUUUGGUUUGAUGUUAUAAUUGUACACAGUUGAAGUUGAUGGUUGGUUUCACCAUUUAUAUAUUUCGUGUAAGAGGAAUUGUAUUCAUAACUUAUUUCCAUCUCACUCACGUUACGUA